UCUGCAGUGAAACGCCAGCCUGUCAGAGAAGGUUUUGAUUUAGCAAAGUAGUCAUUUGCUGAGUUUUAUGGGCUGGAUGUCUUAAAAGUCAACACUACUGCAUCUUGCGCUUCACUGCUGUGGCCUCGACACAUCUAACAAGUGACAGACAGGUGACCUCAUCAGGUGUCAGGUGUGCGUGGUGAUGUCAGAGGGAUGUGUUGCAUCGUCGGAGGGCCGGCUGGCCGAGGAGUUUGCGGUGCCGGCGCAGGUGGAGGAGGUUAAAGGCCGCAUGGCGGCGUUCGCGGCGCGUCACGCGGGGGAGGGGCGGCGCGUGGUCCUCGUCACCUCGGGGGGCACCAAGGUUCCGCUGGAGUCGCGCACCGUGCGUUUCCUUGACAACUUCAGCAGCGGUCGUCGGGGCGCCUCCUCGGCGGAGUACUUCCUGGGGGCGGGCUACGCCGUCAUCUUCCUCCACCGCCACCGCUCGCUCUACCCCUACACGCGGCGCUACGCUGGGGUCAACCUGCUGGACGCGCUCACAGUCAGCACCGAAGGAGAGACUCAGGGCCCUGCCGAGACCCAGGGGGGGUCGUCCACUCGAGUCCUGGUGGACCAGAGGGCGUUGCCGGACAUUGCGUCCGUGCUGCAGCGCUACCAGGCCGUCAAGGAGGGGGGUUUACUCUUACCAGUGGAGUUCAGCACCCUGUCGGACUACCUGCACCUGCUCAAGGCUGCAGCACAGGCCCUCAAUGCCAUAGGUUCCAAAGCCAUGUUCUACCUGGCUGCAGCGGUGUCUGAUUUCUACAUUCCAGCUUCUGAGAUGCCGGAACACAAGAUCCAGUCGUCCAACGGGCCACUACAGAUCUCGAUGAAGAUGGUUCCUAAGAUGUUGUCCCCCCUGGUGUGUGAGUGGUCUCCGCUGGCGUUCGUCAUCUCCUUCAAACUGGAGACUGAUGGAGAGAUCUUAUUGGCUCGCGCUCGGAAGGCGCUCGACACCUACCGCCACCAGGCCGUGGUGGCCAACGUUCUGGACUCGCGCCGCGGCUACGUCGUCAUAGUAACCAAGACGGACACGCAGGAGCUGCGAGUGACGGACGAGGAGGACAGGGCAGGGGCGGAGAUUGAACAGCGGAUAGUAGACGCGCUCACCAGCGCACACACACACUUCAUCACGCAGCAGCAGGCCUGAUACACACACACAUACACAUACACACACACACACACACACACACACACACACACACACACACACACACACACACACACACACACACACACACACACACACACACACACACACACAUAUACUUUAUGCAGCAAGACUGAUACACACACACACACACUUCAUACAGCAGGACUGACACACACACACACACACACACUUCAUGAGGAGCAAGAGGGAGAAGAGAAGUAAUGAAUUGUACACGCACUCAGUAGUGCAUCGUACACACACACACACACACACACCAUGCAACAUACCUGAUAUAUACAAUACAUAUACACACUUACUCAUCGCAUCAAUGCACAUACAGUAUUUCAUGCAGCACACUUGAGACACACACACACACACACACACACACACACACACACACACACACACACACACACACACACACACACACACACACACACACACACACACACACACACACACACACACUUCAUGCAGCAGGCAUAUCUGAUGCCAAUGCAGGGGAUGCGCAGCUGCCCUUCAAAGGCAAAGUUCAGUACAGUACACCUUUUCUCAAAAUUGAGUUUGGACUGGAAAUGAGUUUCAUAACACCUCCUUUAUCUUGUGACAAGGCCCUAUUGUCCAAAUGUGUCCUAUUUCUAGAGACAUUGCUAUGUCAAGCUUCCAGCAACUACAACAUUCAACCCAAUACCAUGACUUUGAAGGUUUUUUUUUAUCCGUUUCAAUGUUGGCGUUGUUCAGUGGUGUAGUCUACUUUUUAUGGUGGGUAUACUGUAUAUUUGAGCAUUUUUUGAAGUGGGUAUACUGUAUAUAUUUGUGCCAUUGAAAACAAUGGAUCAAUCAAUUUUAAGUGGGUAUACUGAAAUCCCUGACAUUUAGAAGUGGGUAUACUCCAUAUACCUGCGUUCUACGUAGACUACACCACUGGCGUUGUUACUGCACAUUGCCUGUGUAGCGCACAGCAGUGCUACCAAAGGGCCUGACACUACACUACUACCGCCAGCUGCCGAUGGGCACAGCAGUGCUACUGGACUUUGGAGGGAGAGGUGCAUCGGAAGUGGCACGACAACGACAACAGACCUCUGUGUACUGUUGGCAUGGCAACUGGACUCUGUAGCGGAACCCGGAACCAACUCAUGGCCACCUUGUAUGGAGGAGCUGUCGGCAGAAGAGACCAAGCGGUUUGGGGUGACGAGAUGCGAUUUGAGCACCACAAGCAACAGUUAAUAGUUCAGCCUCAGCGAAUGUUAUUAUAAUGAGACAUGAUGUGGUUCGGCAACAGCCAACACAGCCAAUUGGAAUGCCAGAUUGCGCAACGGCUAUUCUGUGUCACUUUUAUCGCUCCUGUUGCUCUGGCUAUGAAAACAGUUCAGUGACUGUAGUUUUGUCGCUUCAGGUGUGCUUGCAUGGUAACAAGCGGCAUACCAGCCUAUGAACCCAUACUCACUAAGUACAUAAUUCAAGGAUAAAAGUAGAAAAAGACACUGAUUAUUACUGAUCGUUUUUUCUUUCUUGAAGAGGACAAUCCUUUUUGUUAAGCGUGUAUUCAGGUUUGCUGUGUACACACACACAUGAUCGCACACCAAGAUAUUUAUAGUCUGCUGUCUACUACCAUACUAACCAGAGCUGGCCAGAGUAAAAGUAGAAGUAAAUAUAUGGUCUAGGUUCAAAACUAAAACAUGAUAUUACAUAGUGCACCUAAUGAGGUGGCUAGAUGUUUUGGUUACUUAAAAAAAAAACUUAAAACCUAAAAUGAAAACUCCAAAAUGUUAUCCAACCAGCACAGGAUCAGGUUCAUCGCUCUAUACCCCAGCAACUGUAGACCCGUUACCUUGUGUUGGAGGGAAACAGGUUCUGUUUUUUACGUCUACUUUUACUUUGGCCACAUCUGAUGCUAACUCAUGUGUACUAGCAUUCUCGCCUGCUGUUUCCUGUAUCCACUCUGCUGCCAACACACAGCUGCUGGGGCCUCCUGCAAGUACGGCUUCAGCGCUGAGGCUAUAAUGUGUAUAAGUGCAAGUGCAAAUAUAUUAUAUUUUACAUACUUUUUCCUCUGCUGGUGUGGCAUAAGGGUGCAUUAUUUAAGCAUGGUGACAUAACAUCUCAGGUGUGUCACAGCUGAUGUGCAUGAAGGUGAUUUGUGAAGGUUGUACCUUCUGCAUCUUUGUAAAUCUGUCAAUAAACGUCUCAGCUGGAGUAGAAACAUCUGAUUCAAUAAACAUCUCAACUGGA